AUGACCAACCCCAGCUCUGCCUUCUCCAGCGGCUCCCUGUGCUCCGGGGAGGCGGCGGCGGGGAUGAGCCGCGGCAGGGCCGCCGGGAGCCCGUCCCCGGAGCGCCGCAGCCCCGACGGCGGGGCCAGCGACGGCCGCGGCUCGGCGGGCAGCGACGGCUGCGGCUCCCUGGGCGGCCUGCGCUGCUCGGCCUACUCGCCGUUCCCCCUGGAGGGGAGGCUGCCGCCCCCCGUGCGCCUGGACAUCGACACCGAGUUCCAGGCCGUGCGGAAGCAGGAGAAGGAGGACAUCAAAGUGCUCAACAACCAGUUCGUGACCCUGAUCGAGAAGGUCCAGAGCUUGGAGCAGCAGAACAAGAUCCUGACGACCAGGUGGAACUUCCUGAAGGACCAGGACAAUUCCCACUCUGACUCGGACAUCAAGGCCAUCUAUGAGCAGUACGUGAGCAAAAUGAACCAGGAGAUGAAGGCGCUCAACUACGAGCAGGAGAACCUGGAGUCGGAGCUGGCGAAGGUCCUGAGCACCAUGGACGCCUUCCGGAGCAAGUACGAGGAUGAAAUUCGCCUCUGCAGCGGGAUGGAAUUCACCUUCAUGGAGCUCAAAAAGGAUUUGGAUGUGAGCACCUUGCACCGCACAGAGCUGGAGGUGAAGCUCAAAGGGCUCCAGGAGCUGCUGGAGCUGAAGAAAACCAUCUACGAGCAGGAACUGGAGGAGCUGCUGACAGAAAUCAAGGACAUUUCCGUGGUGCUGGGAAUCGACAGCUGCUCCCGGCCGGACCUGGGCAGGAUCGUGGAGGACGUCAGGGCCCAGUACGAGGCUCUGGCCCUGCGGAGCUGGGAAGAGGCCGAGGCCCUCACCCGGAGGAAGCUCACCGACAGCAGCUCCCAGCCCGGCUCCUUCGGGGGGCACCUCCUCGACAGCCGGCGGGAAAUCGCGGAUCUGAACAUCCGCAUCCAGAAACUGCGGUCCUGCAUCGUGUCCCAGAAGAGCCAGUGCCUGUACCUGGAGGAGCACAUCCGUGAGGCUGGCGAGCAGGGGGAGGGGACCCUCAGGGACGCCAAGGCCAAGGUGGCCGGGCUGGAGGCGGCCCUGCAGCGCAGCCGGGAGCACAUGGCUCACCUGGUCCGGGAGUACCAGGAGCUCAUGAACAUCAAACUGGCCCUGGAUGUGGAGAUCCUCACCUACAGGAAGCUCGUGGAAGGGGAGGAGAACAGCAUGGAGCAGCCCAUUCCCACCGUCAUCAGCGCUGUCCACUCCCGGCCCAAGCCUCUUUCUGCCAGCACCCUGCGGAACUCAUGGCUCUUUGCCCGGGGCUCGGGGGACACGGAGCCAAGCGGAGGCGGCCCCGGGAGCCCGGGGAGAGCCCAGGACCUGCCGGGGACUCCAGGCACCGGGACCCGGCCCAAGUUCAGCUCCAGGGCCCUCGGGGCGUGUUCCUAG